CUUCCAAUUCCUAUCGCUGAAGAGCCUGUAGCCACCGCCACAGGGAACAGCGGAAUAAGUCUUUUCGUUCUUCAACCUAGCGCUUUCCGACACAUUUAUAUUUCCAGCCGACAAGUUGCUCUAAAUAAAGAAGGCAAUUUUCCAGUCGGAUAACGGAGACCAGGGCAAAUGGAGAUGAUCUGAUGAAAAUCCGAUGGGCACUGACCAGACCUCUUCCUAUCACUUCCAUUUAAUACACUAUAGGUACUUGUGAAUGUUCCACGUGUGUGUUAACAGUCUGCACAGCGCGCGACUCCGUGCGCGCUACUCCAAUGUGAACGAGUCCGGCAAUAACUCGUGGGAAGCAGUGCACACAUUUCACUGGAUCGUUUGGUUGGGAUUUUCAGCAUGGCAUACCCUCAGGGCUACUUGUACCAAGCGUCCACCCCUCUGGCUCUCUACUCGUGUCCUUCAUACGGCUCGAGCGCGCUGGCGGCGCCGCGUGCGGAUGACCUGAGCAGAGGAAACUCCAGCUCCUCGGGCUCUGCGUUUGCGCCGUACGCGGGAUCUACAGCUUUCACCAGCCAAACUCCAGCCUUCAACUCGCUUCAGUACGGUUCAGAGCCCGCAUCCGCACCACAGUUCUCCUCAUUCGUGGGUUCCCCAUAUGAGCCGUCCGCAGGUCUGGCAGCGUCCUUGGGUUACGCGCACCCGUACGGAGCGCCGCUGGGCGCGUUCCCGCUAGGAGACCCUGCAUACCGGAAGAACGCCACGCGGGACGCCACCGCAACGCUUAAGGCCUGGCUCAACGAGCACAGGAAGAACCCGUACCCCACCAAGGGGGAAAAGAUCAUGCUGGCCAUCAUCACCAAAAUGACUCUCACCCAAGUGUCCACCUGGUUCGCCAACGCGCGCAGGAGACUGAAGAAGGAGAACAAGAUGACGUGGACCCCACGGAACAGAAGCGAGGACGAAGAUGAAGAAGAUAAUAUCGAUUUGGAAAAAAACGAUGAUGAAGAUGAGCCGAUUAAGGCAGUCGAAACAGCAGAGUCGACCAAAGAAUCGGGCCUUCCCGUUAGUCCAGCACUAAUCACAACCGAGAAGCACACAGAACACACUGAUGAUGAAGCGGAUUGUGGUAUAGACGCUGAGCCGCGGGCUGGGUGCGACUCUUCAUCACCCACGACCUCCUCUCUUCAAAGCGGUCCGGAGAGAGUCGGUCGAGAGACACCCGCAGAUCAGGGAGACACUCCGAGCGCAGUGAAGCUCUCCGGAGAGAGCGGCCUUGGCACAUCUGUCAUUCAUUCCACGAACCCGGCCCCCAAGCCCAAACUGUGGUCUCUGGCCGAGAUCGCCACGUCGGAUAAGCCGUGUGGUGAGCGGCUCCAAACAUGCGGAGCCGCUCAGAAUCCGGUCAUCAUCAGCACGGGCACGUUCUCACCCUCCAGGUCGCCAACACGGGGCCCUCUCCUCCCCAGACACUUCUACUACGCUUCAGCUUUUUAUCCUGCUUUCACGAACUACAGCGCGUUCGGACCGGCGACCCGCGCCUCCAGCUCCGGAUUAAGCGAUGCGGCGCUGCACAGAGCAGCCAGAGGAAACACACCGGUCGACAUGUGCAAAGAGCUGGCACAGGGGGAGACGCACUCCAAGCGUUAAAUAUCCUCCAUCGGUUUUAUUCCGUUUAUUUAUCCUCUCUGGGAUGAUGAGAAACUGGAUUUUCUUUAGAUAAGAGUGAUAAUGAAGAGAAAAUCGGGGUUGCCGUAUAGCCAACGUGUGACUGCACAUCAUAUGUAAAUGAAGCUUUUUGUAUUCGAAGGGGAAUUUUAUGAAAUGUAAUGUUUCCAGUACUAUAAAGUGAAAUAUUGCUUCUUUGCUAAUCCAUCCACGUGAAAGCAGAGCGGCGCAAAAGGCCAAAGUUAAUUCACUAUUUUAAAUUUCUAUAGGUUACUCAUCUUUCUUUCACUGAUUCUUGGAUAUUUAAAUGUUGAAUGCCUCUACCAUUCGUGGAAUUUAAAUUUUAGGAUCAUAUAAAAUCUUUCGAUUUUAAGCAAACGAAUACGUUUCCUUUCUGACAGAUAUCAUGAUUUCGGUGUAAGGUAGGCUGUUUUUGACCAUUAAUACAUGCAAUGGAGUGGAAUUACCGUUUAAUUAAAGUUUUAUUCACAGUUUUAUCAUUUGUUUAUAGAACAGAGAUUUUGUGUGGCCAAUAAAUUAUAUAUUGUUUGAUUUAACUUUCCCUGACAGAGUGUUAACAAAUCAUAGUGUGGACAGUAAUUUGUUG